AUGUCGACCCAGCCACCAACACUGCGAGUCGUCGACAAGACGCACUACGAUCGACAAUUCUUCACAACACCUCCUGUCGACCAACUUGGUCCACUCAGUGAUUCAAGUGUCAGAAUCCAAUCGACCCUGAUCGGAUUAUCGUCCAAUAACCUUGCUUACUGUGCCGCGGGCACCGCCCUGCACUGGUGGGACACGUUCCCUGUUCCGAAAUACGUCGAAGCACCAUAUAACGACCGUAGUCAAUACGGCAUUUCACCAGGCUGGGGCUAUGCGACGAUUCUCGAAAGUACUGUCCCAGCAUUGAAGAAGGGGUCCAUGCUAUGGGGGUUCUUCCCGAUCUCCACAUUCCCUGUCGACUUGCUACUCAGACAGUCUUCGCAGAUCGCCGAGCAUUUCAUCGAAGUCAGUGAACAUAGAAACAAGGUCAUGCCGCUGUAUCAGCGAUACAUCGCGGUGCCAGAUACGCUCGAGAGUGUCAAGGCCGAGAACUCUUCAGCGGCGUGGAAAUCGAUGUUGCUGCCACCGUGGAAAUCCGCCUAUACAUUCAAUCGCUUUGGUUUUGCGUCUCUUCCUGGCGAUCCUGUGCUACAUCCCGGGAUCGGUCAUCCCUGGACAGUACAGGAUGGCGACCUAAGCAAGACAUUAAUGAUUUGUCUUGGUGCCGGGACGAAGACCGGUCGCAGCUUCAUCCACCAGCUCGCGACGAAUCGAGCACCUUCAAGCGGACCCAUUGCCGUCCUUGAGAUUUCGUCUACCACCCCCGAGUCCAGCCCGUUCGUCCGCCUGCAAAGUGUCUUCCCAAUCAAAGCCGCCCAAUAUGCAGACCUGCAGGACGAAGCAUUAUCAGAAUGGAUGUUUGGUCUGCCAAUCGACAGAAUUGUCGUCAUCGACUUUUCGGGCCGCGCUGGCGUUUGUGAGCCUUUGACCACUAAGCUCCGAGCGAAUACAGCAGGGGUAAAUGUGGAGGUAUUGGUUGUGGGAGGAGAGUCCAAGGUGUACACUCCGGAGCAGCUACUCGAGCGGCGGGCAACGACAUCACGAUUAGGUGCUAUUCAGUGCAAUGCAUCUGGGAUCAGGGAGGAGGCCAUGGCUGCAAUUGGAGAAGCCAAGUUCUUCGUCGAGCAAGAUGCUGCAUUUGACCGGUUUCUGGAAGGCGAGUUGGUCGAUGGAAAAGGUGUUGUACUUGGUGUGCGGCUCGGUGUGCGGGAGGGUCUGCGUGGAAAGGAAGGUAUUGAGGGUAGUUGGGAUCGUCUGGCCCAUGGGAAGGUCCCAGGAGACGAGGGCCUGACCUUUUUGUUGUAG